GGGGGACGGACUAUGGACAUGGAGGGAGGGGGAGGGGCAAGGUCAUCGCAUCGUAUCGCACGCUGCCUAUCGUACACUACUCUGUGUCGAGAAAUGAGAAAUUGUGUACUGCGUAUGGCGCGCGUCGUGUGUACUCAAGGUGCAUCUCCCGGACCAGCCGUCUGGGCAGAGCAGGCGUGCAGAGAGACACAGACCACAGACAUCACGUUACGGUAACGCCAUGGUUUAGAGUCAGAGGGAGGGCGUGAUUG